UGAAGGAGAAGAUAUAAAAGGUUGGAAAUUUGCAGGUGGAAUCCAUUGGGUGGGAUGUGGACGAAAGUGUGUUGGGCGCAAAUCCAAACGCCAAUGUUCCUUGGCAAUUCAAUUCCACCACCACGUCCACCAACCAGAAUCUCCCUCUCACCAAAAUGUGAGCAACAAAAAACCCAAGACGACGGCAUCCCCGCGGAGGACGUGAAAAUCCUUGCCAAGUUCAAGUCGCGGCACAACCACAUCCGCGUCCUCGAAGUCUCGAGGAAAGCCGACCACCCCUUCCGUGGCUCCCGCCUCCUCCUUCUCGACGCCCCCGGCAACAUCCACAGCAUCUCCUUCCUCUUCAAAACCCUCACCAACACCUACUUCGACGUCUUCGCCACGCUCCCUCCCCUCCUCCCCCCCGGCCCCCUCGCCCUCCUCGGCUUCGGCGCCGGCACCGCCGCCCGCAUCCUCCUCGACCUCCACCCCGCCGCCGUCCUCCACGCCUGGGAGCUCGACCCCGCCGUCCUCCAGGUCGCCCGCGAGUAUUUCAACCUCGCCCGGCUCGAGCGGGACCAUAAGGAGCGGCUCUUCAUCUACGUCGGGAACGCGCUGGACGCCAGUGUCCCCAACGGGUUCUCGGGAAUCGUGGUGGACUUGUUCUCCAAGGGGAGCCUCAUUCCCGAGCUUCAGGACCCCGCCACGUGGCAGAAGCUCCGGGGGAGACUGAAGAAGGCUGGGAGGAUCAUGGUGAACGUGGGAGGGAGCUGCGUGGAGGCCGAGAAUAGGAUGAGAGAUGGGAAGGUUGUUAUGCACCAGACUCUGAGGGCCAUGCGAGAGGUUUUCGGGGAGAGCCUUUUUGUUAUGAGCCUUGGGAAUCGCAAGGACGAUAGCUCGCUUGCUCUUACUGGGGACUUGCCUCCUCUUCAGGACUGGAAGAAUCGACUUCCCGGUCCAUUGAAAUCUUACCCCGACCUAUGGAUGCCCUACUCUCAUUAGUGCCUAUCAACUGUUUGUGUUUAUUCC